UCAUGAUCCUACUCUACAGGCAAGCGUUCUCAGCUCUAUAGUUAGUUUUUAGAACUUUGUUUAUAUAAUAUUUUCUUGGUAACAAACAGAUAGCUGGUUUGUGGUUUAAUAAUGAAGCAUAACUUGUAGUUAUAUUUUUGCAUCCAAAAAUGAAAAAUCAUUCACGUGACUAUUAUUACUCAUUUUAAAAAUUCCGGCCCUGUCGACUCAUUUCUUUUUAAUUUUUUUUCUUUCCUUUAAGCUGAAAAAUUUAAAACCUACCACGAAUUUAUAAUCCUAAUCAAUCAAUCGAUUAAGUACAUAGGUAUAUAUAUAUAACACAUAUCAUUUAUCACAUUAUGUCUACUUUCGGUACUUUAUUCCGUGUCACUACUUAUGGAGAAUCCCAUUGUAAAUCAGUAGGAUGUAUAGUUGAUGGAUGUCCACCUGGAUUAAAAUUAACUGAAACUGAUAUUCAACCUCAAUUAACAAGAAGAAGACCGGGACAAAGUAAGAUUUCAACUCCAAGAAAUGAAAAGGAUAAAGUUGAGAUUCAAAGUGGUACUGAACAAGGGAUAACUUUAGGAUCACCUAUUGCUAUGAUUGUUAAGAAUGAAGAUCAUAGACCUCAUGAUUAUAGUGAAACUGAUCUUUAUCCAAGACCAAGUCAUGCUGAUUGGACUUAUAUACAAAAAUAUGGUACUAAGAGUUCGAGUGGAGGAGGUAGAUCAUCAGCUAGAGAAACUAUUGGUAGAGUUGCAGCAGGAGCCAUUGCAGAAAAGAUUUUAUAUAAAGCUAAUAAAGUUGAAAUUGUUGCAUUUGUUUCAUCAAUUGGAUCAAUUUCAAUGAAUAGAAAUCCUUUAGAUGAAGAUUUCCAACAAACUUUAAAAACCAUUACUCGUGAACAAGUUGAUGAAGCUGCUCCAGUUAGAUGUCCUGAUGCUAAAUUAAGAGAAAAUAUGAUGAAAGAAAUUGAAUAUUAUAGAGAUUCAAAGGAUUCAAUUGGUGGUAUUGUUACUUGUGUGAUUAGAAAUUGUCCAAUUGGAUUAGGUGAACCAUGUUUUGAUAAAUUAGAAGCUAAAUUAGCUCAUGCUAUGUUAUCAUUACCUGCUACUAAAGGAUUUGAAUUUGGAUCAGGAUUUUUAGGUACACAAAUUCCCGGUUCCAAACAUAAUGAUGCAUUUUAUUAUGAUGAAGAUUUAAAUAGAUUAAGAACCAAGACUAAUAAUAGUGGUGGAGUUCAAGGUGGUAUAACUAAUGGUGAAGAUAUUUAUUUUUCAGUGGCAUUUAAAUCGGCUGCUACUAUAAGUCAAGAACAAGAAACUGCUACUUAUGAUGGUAAGGGAGGUGUAUUGGCUGCUAGAGGUAGACAUGAUCCAAGUGUUACUCCAAGAGCUGUUCCUAUUGUGGAAGCCAUGGCUGCUUUAGUAUUAGUGGAUCAAUUAUUAAUUCAAAAGGCUAGAGAAUCAGGAUCAGUAUUAGUAAGAGAAGAAGAAGAUGAUGAUGAAUAAGGUAAUUUAGUUUAUCAUCAUCAUUAUAGUUAGUAAAUAGUUAUAGAAUUAUGUUAAUUUAUAUCAUGAAAGUUUUAUUAAUAGUGUAGUGGAUAUUUGUUGAUUCGUUAUCAUGGGUUAAGUAAAAGGCAGCCAUGAUUUGAAUUAUUUGCAGCACAAGUACUAACAUUGAUCAUAUUAGUGUAACAGGUGGAUCAAUUCACUUAAAAAGUUGAUGAUAUGUCUAACAAUCCCACGACUAAUCCCCCUUUAUCCUAACAACAACUCUUCAUAAUAAUUAAUUGAUU